GAUAACUCGUGUUCUCGUUGUGAUGGAGCCGAAAGCAGGAGAGGCGAAAACAGAGGUGACGGUCCCGGAGGUGACUGUCCCUGUGGCAGCGGAUGAAGAGGAUGUGACAGACCGACUGAUGAAGAGCGCCUCUGCGCACUGGGCCGAUAUAGAUUGCCAUCCUGUUUGGAGCAGAAUGCCCUGGUAUCUGUUAUCACCUCUCGAGAGAGAAUCAGCGGCGUGACAGCGCGUUGAUGUGUGUGUGUGGCAGCUUGAAAGUCGAGUUCAUUGAUCCGAAGCUGGAGGUGGCCUUCCAGAAAUGGGUGUAUUCUGAUCUGGUCCGAUGGAUCAAGGUAGCAGACUUUCUCUCUCUGGUGUUGCGAUGUACGUUUCUGUAUGUGUGUGGCAGGUCCCCUUGUUGGUUUUUGCGUUCGGCCUUGUGUCGCACAUUGCCACGGAGACCGAAAGACUAGUUCGACACGGUGACUUUCUAUUCUCACGGAUGCUUCGAGAUGCGUAAGGCAAAACUAUUCGCGCAUAUAUCCGGCCGUAUAGGCGUCCGUGCGCAUGUAGGGUGAUCGUCUCAUUGCUUGGAAGCUUCUUAGCUGUCCGAGCGAUUUGGCCCAACAAGACCCAUGCGUCGCGUCUCAUCGACUUGCGCAUUAUGACGAUCUGUUUCUGUGUCAUUGGAAGCCUCAACGCCUUCCAUUCGCGAUACCGUUUCAGCAAGAGAACCUUGGUGGAAAUCCUGCCCGCUGAGGCGCGAUGCACUUCGAUGCCGGCUGCUGAUUUGGCGUACUCCCUGGGCAUGGUGGCCUACUGGACAGGUAGAUACACACACACAUCUUCUCGCAUCAUGGCUUCGUUGAGCAAUCUCCCCGAUGUGUGAUUAUUCACAGUGUUCAAGGCGAACAGCUUCCUCGCUGGGUACGUGUCUCGCUGUAUUGUUCAUCGAUUUGAUGGACGGCCUGUCUUCUUUGGCUUUUGGUUCUUUGCCUGUAGGUGUGUGUGCCUGUCGAUGUUUUCCUGGUCUGUUAUGCAUUCACGGCUGCGUGCAGCGUGCUGACACAGGUGAUCCUUUUCCCUGCUUUUAGGUUCCUCUUAGCUGACUCACUGGAGUAUGGGUCAGACAUGCUAGGCAGGUAGGCACGACCAUCUCAUUAACCCGCGUGGCCGACUACACACUGUUCUCUAUCUGUCCCUUCUCUUCCACAUGUGCGUGCUGCCGUAUGAUGUAGAAUAACCCCAACUGGAUGUAGGCUUACACGUAUUGUCAAUCGUCUGCAACUCAUCUCACUUCAGCUUCUUUGUGUGUUUCUAGUAACGGCGCUGUUGCUGGUGUGGGUGAGCAUCAACAUGGAAAGGAAGACUCGGGAAGUAAUCCGGGACCGCUCGCGUCUGCAAAAAAUGACGGAGGAGAAAAACCGGUUCCUGGCGGCCCAGCAUGCGACGUUCGCGAAAAUUACACAUGAUCUCAGGACCCCCCUGAAUGGCGUCAUCAACGCGGCAGACUUCAUGAGGAAUGACCUCGACCAGAACCUCAAAAUAAACUCAGAACACCCAAGUACGAAUGAAUGUCAUUUCACGAGCAAGUGACUGCAUGCUCCUACGCCUAUCCCCCCCGCAUUCGUACUGCAGUCUACGGCUAUGUGGACAUAAUGAGCAGCGCCGGCGAGUACAUGCUACUGCUGACCAACAACCUCCUGGAGGUGUCUCGCCUGACCCUCAAACGGGAGCGUAAGUACAGCCUCGAUCGCAUCGACCGCGGCGCUUUGCGGCGUCCAUCGUCCUCUCUCGACGUCACGCCCACCUGCUGCAGCUGGGGGCGAGUCAAAAAGACUGCCUCGAUGCUCCUGUAUACGGCCUCGCAAGACGACGAGCGAAGAAACGUGACGACCCUUAGCGAUGUGUUCGACCUGCAUCUCGACUGGAUGGACUGCCGGGCAGCGCUGAAGAAGGUCUUCCACCUGCACAUCCCGACAACGAGACUCAAGAAGCUGACGUAUGAGGUCCCUUCGCUGUCACAUUUGCCCUACUUCAUCUAUGGCGACAGCGUCCGCACUUCACAGGCGGCGAACAAUUUGCUGUCGAAUGCCGUCAAGAUGACCGAGAAAGGUCACCAUAGACAGCAGAAGCUUUCCCGUGGGUGGAUCCUGCCUUGUGUCUCGUGUCCCUGUCCGUCUGCCUGUAGGGUCUGUUGAAGUGUCCGUCACUUCUGAGCUGGCAGCGGACCAGGUAAUGACGCAUCAGAGGCCCCCAUGUGUAAUUAUUGUGUGUUUGUCCGUCGUCAGGAGGGCGAGCCGCCUGACCUUGACCUGGCGAAGCAUCCGUCGUGUGAUGUCGAGUCGAUGAAGAAAUACGCCAUCGAGAUCAGGGUCAAAGGUCGGUGAAAACCUUUGCUCGGCUUGGUAAAGUCUUCUGCCUUACCUGUCGGAUGUCUGUGCAGACAGCGGCCGGGGAAUCCCCGACGAUAAGCUGCAAAGCAUCUUCAAAGAAUUUGAGGUCAGCAAGCCACUUGGAAAAGGUCAGAGCGUGUGUGUCUGCCGAUGCCAAUCUGCCCAUUGCUCUGUAACGCAGCAAGUGCAAGCCAAGGAUGCCCUGAUCGGUACUGGCCUUGGCCUCUCCAUCGCGCGAAUAGUGGCCAUGGCGAUGGGAGGCGACUGCCGGCUGGAGUCCGAGGGCAUCGACAAAGGCACGACAGCCAUUCUCCGCUUCCAGUGCUGGGGCGUGUUUGAGCUCAACGUCGGCAGGAGGGGCGACAGGAGUCCCUUGCGGCAGACCAUCGACGACACCGCACUCAAAGAGCUUAUGGAAAAGAUGCAGCGCCUCAAGAUCCACAUAGUGCUGGCCGACGACGACUUCAUCAACCGGCAGUCGCUCGAGCUGAUGAUCACAAAGAUGGGUUGGCCCGAGGAGAGCAUGACCUGGGCCUUGAACGGCGUCGAGCUCGUCAACGCCGUCAAAGACAGGCUCAACCAAAGCGACGCGUACACGAUGGCUCCACACAGAGAUACAUGUCAUUGUUCGCUUGCAAGUGCAUGGUGUGUGUUUCGUUCAGGCCGAUAUUCCUGCUGACGGAUUUGGAGAUGCCGGAGAGCGACGGCGUGGCGGCGGCGAGGAGCAUUCGGAAGAUGCUCCACGACAUGGAACGGACAAGACGCGCGCCGCCCAUCUUCAUGGCCCUGUGAGCAAACCAUACACACAGAGACAGAGAGACAAUCACACACACACGUGUUCUUUAUGUGCACAGGUGCACUGCGCAGAGCAAAGAGGUGAGACGGCCAUGUGCUGCUUGCUCAGCAGCCAAGGGGGCCAAAGAUGGGCAGCCUCUGCUGUGUAUCCGUUUCGCUGCAGAACGUGAUUUUGUCUCACCCUGAUGCGAAUUCUCUCUUCGACACGUCCUUCAUCGAGAAGCCGGUGCGGCGCAUAGUGCUCAAGGAGCUGUUUGAGCGGUUUGUGGCGAGGAUAGAGACCAUGGCAUCCAGGACGUGGAUUGAGGCCUUAGGUGAGACAGUCUGACCGAUUACUGACUGGUGAGUGCCGUGUGCCGUACUGAUGAUAAGUCCGAGACACUGACUGUCACCAUCUGCUGUCAUGAGACUGACUGCACUUAUCUGCGCCAUCUGUUCACUCAAUGGGUGUCAAAGCUGUCAACAAACAGUUCGGUCAAAGUACUCACUGAUUCUUUCGGGAGUUUGG